GCAGCAAACCUGAAAUUGGGUAAAAAAUUUAUCGAUAAUACCAGUACAGAACUACAGAUGAGAAAAGUCUUACGCGUACCUGAGAAGAUCCAAAAGCAUCAUGUAGAACUGUACCAUACGGACUCCAAAUGUGAACACGAAGAAUCAACACGGAUAGAGGCUGAAGUGUUUCAUGGUUUGGAAUAGUUUGCUGCAAAUGGAUUUUGAAAGUUGUAGGUACAUAUGAAAUUCGAAUCCCCUAACUGUGAAGAUGGCAACGAAGCAGUGGAGAAUUCCCUGGAAAAUCAUUGGAAUUCCUUUUCAGAUCUUCCAUCUCAUUUCUCAUCAUUCUAGAGAGUCAAUUAGAUCAUAGAGUUGCAGUUUCAUGUUGCACACAAGUAUAUAUGGAAUGCUAAAUUUCGGGUCUUUUAAUAGCUUCAUAGUAAUUUGCUUUAGUACAAUUUUGCUUGGCGAUCUUGUGUUUCUUAUAUUGAUCCUUGCUCAGACCAUAGUUUGUUUUGCCAUGUAAUGAGGAUAGUACCGGCCUGUUUUCAUUUCAAUUAUUUAGAAUCCUGCUUAAUUAUUCUUUCAAACCAGUAAAAAUAUUUACCUAGAGAUUCCCGCUGGAGGUUCGGUGCUUCCACUUGAAAAAAAUAAAAAUAUGUAUGCAUGUACUAUAUAAUGCAAAUAAUUAAUUAAGGAAUCUAUUGGGUUUGGUUUGUUUGUUUGUUUUUAUUGAACAACUCAUAUAUUCAAGUUCCCAACAAGAGAUUAACUGAACCAAUGGAGUCACCCCCGGAAGUGGUAAACUUUGGAAAAUCUGUGUUAGUUCCAAGUGUUCAAGAGCUUGCCAAAGAGCACCUUGCCGAUAUUCCGGCCAGGUAUGUCCGUCCAGGACUGGAAUCUCCGGCCGUAUCUGCUGGAGAGGCGGUACCUGUUAUCGAUCUUCAAAAGUUGACAUCAGGGGAUUCCAUGGAUUCUGAACUGAAAGAGCUUCACUCUGCUUGCCAAGAAUGGGGUUUCCUCCAGGUUAUAAACCAUGGAGUGACACCUUCAUUACUGGAGAACUUCAAGAGAGAGGUUAUUGAAUUUUUCAGACUCCCAAUGGAAGAAAAGAAGAAGCUAUGGCAACAGGAAGACAACCAUGAAGGUUUUGGUCAGCUAUUUGUUGUAUCAGAGGAGCAGAAACUUGAUUGGAGUGAUAUGUUUUACAUAACUACUCUUCCCCCUCAUAUCCGGCAAAUGGACUUGUUUCAAAAAUUGCCUUCAAAACUCAGGGAAAUCAUGGAAGCAUACUGUAAACAAAUAAAAAACCUAGCAAUGAUCAUCCUAUGUCAAUUGGCAAAGGCUUUAAGGAUGGAUGAACAGGAAAUGAGAGAGCUAUUCAGUGAUGGCGUGCAGUCAAUGAGGAUGAAUUAUUAUCCGCCUUGCCCUGAGCCACACAAAACCAUUGGCUUCAGCCCUCAUUCCGAUGCUGAUGCCCUCACCGUCCUUUUCCAGCUAAAUGAAACUGAAGGCCUCCAAAUCCGAAAAGAUGGCAUAUGGGUGCCUAUAAAGCCUCUCCCGAAUGCUUUGAUUGUGAAUAUUGGUGAUAUUAUGGAGAUUGUGAGCAAUGGUGUUUAUAGGAGCAUUGAGCACAGAGCAAUUGUAAACUCACACAAAGAGAGGCUCUCUGUUGCAACAUUCUAUAGCUCCAACCUUGACUCCGAAUUGGGACCUGCACACAGCCUCAUUGGACCAAACAAUCCUCCAAUUUUCCGAAGAGUUCCCAUAGAAAAAUAUUUCAAGGAUUUUUUUGCAAGAAAACUUGAUGGAAAAUCGUAUAUUGAUUUCAUGAAGGAAGAGGCAAGGGAUGGCGAAUCGUAGGUAGCAUUUGGUACUUUAGUUGGUUAUUAGCUUAUCGACAUCCUGUGAAAUAUUUGACGAGUUACUCUUGCACUCUUGCUGUUGUAAUAUGCAAUUCCACUGUUUGAUGACUGUAAUAAAGGAGAAAAAUAUGACAUUCUCUGUUCCAUUAUAAAUGAUGGUGUUUGACU